CUUCCCACGCUACAGCCUUUGUGUUCCGCUGGUCUCUGCCGGUUGCAGAGUAUACCUGAAGUAUACCUGAGUAUACCUGAAGGAGCCUUGGCCCAGUAUACCUGAAGGAGCGUCUCCAACCCCAUUGUUCUGUCAGGACACUGAGGUCCAGCAUCAAGGCCCUUCUGGCGGUUCCCUCACUGCGAGAAGCAAAGCUACAGGGAACCAGGCAGAGGGCCUUCUCAGUAGUGGCACCCACCCUGUGAAACGCCCUCCCAUCAGAUGUCAAAGAAAUAAAUAACUACCUGACAUUUAGAAGACAUCUGAAGGCAGCCCUGUUCAGAGAAGUUUUUAAUGUGUGACAUUUUAAUGUACGGUAUUUUAAAUUUUUGUUGGAAGCCGCCCAGAUUAGCUGGGGAAACCCAGCCAGAUGGGUGGGGUACGAAGAAGAAGAAGAAGAAGAAGAAGAAGAAGAAGAAGAAGAAGAAGAAGAAGAAGAAGAAGAAGAAGAAGAAGAAGAAGAAGAAGAAGAAGAAGAAGAAGAAGUCAUUAUUUUAUUGAAUUUCCCUUUUUAAUUCUAGGACACAUACUAGGUAGUACUUGAGCUACAGGCACAGAAGAUCUCUUUCACAUGUCAAAAGAAUGCAACUUUCUCAGGCUUUGGUGCUUUCUUCUGUUUUACUUUUUUGUUGUUAAUCCAGUGUUUAAAAUUAGAAACAUAUAUUAUUGAGCAGUAUAGGUUUCUACACUGGUUAUAUCAUUCAGAUAUUUGAGUGAGUCAUGUCUUGCGUCGUUAAUACUUGCUUACACCUAAGCCAUUUUAGGAUGCUUCAGAAUUGUUUUGCUCGUUUAAAUGCCCUAAUGGCAACUGUUCAAAAAGAAGGUUGUAAUAAUGCAUCCAGGGGUUUCAUCUCUGUUUCUUUCCAAGUAUGGCUGAUCUUUGGACAGCCCUCAUGGGAUUUUAAAAAUUUAUCUGUGACUAAUGUAAGUUACGCUUUUCUGCUUGAGUUCUUGAUUUUUGUACAGUUUUAAGGUACCCUUCCUGAACGGGAACUGCUUGUUUUUGUGUAUUAGGUUUUCACCUUCCAGCAGCAAGUAGGAUUGUGUCUGGUAUGGAAUGCUAUCUAUCUGAAGAAAAUGAACCUGCAUCAAAACUGAGUCCCUCUGCUACAAGGAUCUGUGCUCAGACAAGCAGCUAAGGCACUGCUACUACAUUUCAAAAGGCAGAGUGGUCACUCUGAGGCUCUGAAGGGAACUGCAAGCAUUUUAAAUUAGAUUCUGGAAUUCGGCUGCCAACUCCUCUGUGCUUUUUGCUCUCCUUGUCACGGUGGCUGGUGGCUGCUGCAGAACUCGUUGCUCUCAUUUGCAUGGGCCAAGAAGUAGAACAGAUCGCCCUGUAUUGCUGGAUUGCAGCCUGUCACUCAUAUGCAGAGCGCACCAUUCUCUGCAGACUUGGGCACAAGCCAGUUACCUUGGCAGAAGGGGAUGAAAGCUAUCUGACAAGGGGGAGGAGAUUGGCUUUCCUUUUGGCAUGGGACAGAGAUAGGUGGCCUCUUUGGGUUGUCAUGGAGGGUUGAGGGUGGGAAUGUAGGCAUUAUUUAUAGCACUAAAUAUAGUUGACUCUGCUUUCAUAGAACAAGAUUUGGGUCAUGUGACCAUUUUCCUCCUUCCUUGGCUGCUGGUCUGUGCUGAGCUCAUGUAUCUGAAUAGGUAAUAAUUAACUGUUAACGAGCUUUUCAUUAGAGGCCUGACUGUGUAUGCACAGGGAGGCAGAGCCAAGGCUUUGUGGAAAAACCUGCUUUCUCUCUCAGGACAAGGUUGCAGUGCUUUUAGGCUGGUGUCCCCUCUUUGAAUGCUCACUAGCGUUCAUUCCCUGAAUAACUUGUGUGGCAGUUACUCCCAUACUGCAACACUGUUUUGAGGUACCAAUUUCUCGACAGCGAAACUUCUUGGCUUAAGAAAGACGUUGAUUGUAAGAGGUGCUAUUCAUUCUGAGUAUAAAGAAAGUCUGACCCACAUAACUUUUGAUUACUUUUUUGCUGCUGACUUGUAAAGCUGCUGUAGCUGUUGGGUGAACUCUGAAGUUGCCCAAGUGAGGAUAGUUGUUAGAAGCCAGCAGCUUGUGUUCAUGGAGGUGCAUUGUGACAGCUGAAAAAUAUGUAGCUUUUCCCAAGAAAUGUCGUACAGUCCCGGCCAAUGGUCAUGAUAGACAGGCACAGGUGGAAGGACUAACGUGGCAUUCAGCUGGGUUGCAGCUCUCUUCCGGAAGUGACAAAAACCAGCCCACUCUUGCAUUCCCCCCUCCCUCUUUCCUAUGUUAACAGCUUCUCUUACCUUGAGUGUGUGCUUCCAGAUUUGACUAUAGUGACAAAGGCAAUCAACCUUUGGAUUUCUCACUGAAUUGUUGUUUUCCAGUUUAAUAUGCUGCAAGUGAAGAGAGCAUUCAACCCCAGCCAAGGUGGUGAAAGCUGCAAAUCCAAGGCAACGUAAAGGAAGCAAGGUUGGUGACUUUGGGGAUGCCACAAACUGGCCAACGCCAGGAGAAAUAGCUCACAAGAGUGUCCAGCAGCUGCCACACAAGCCUCAAUCUCUUCGGAAGCUUCCUAUUAAGAAAAACAUGAAGGAGCAGGAGAAAGGGGAAGGGAGCGAUGGUAAAGAGAACAUGAAAGCCCGGUCAGAUGAAUCGGGGGAGGAGAAGAAUGGCGAUGAUGACAACCAGAAAUCAGCUCAGAAGAAGAAGGGCAGCAGACACAAAUGGGUCCCUCUGCAAAUAGACAUGAAGUCUGAGGUACCAAGAGACAAAACAGCUUCUCGCAACAACAGACAGAAUGAGCAGCACCGGCACCCUUCCAACAACCGAAGUGACUCAAAAGGUAUUUUUGGUUGGCAUCUGGAUAACAAACAUGAACGAAACUGGCCUGACCAGGAUGAAACCUCUAGUGUUAAGAGUGAGGGAGCCACUGUGCGUGGUUCCUUCCGGGGCAGAGGCCGUGGUCGGGGACGAGGGAGAGGGCGAGGAAGAGGAGGUACUCGCUCUCACUUUGAUUAUCAGUACGGUUACCGGAAAUUUGAUGGCUCUGAUGGCUCACGUGCUCAGAAAUACACCAGUAAUAUCACUUACUAUUUUGACAACAUCAGUAGCACUGAGCUGUACAGUGUUGACCAGGAGUUGCUCAAGGACUAUAUCAAACGGCAGAUAGAGUACUACUUCAGUGUUGACAACUUGGAACGAGAUUUUUUCCUGAGACGGAAAAUGGACGCAGAAGGCUUUCUUCCCAUCACUCUAAUUGCUAGUUUCCAUCGGGUGCAGGCCUUGACCACAGAUGUUGGCCUCAUAAUUAAGGCAUUGAAAGACAGCAAAGUGGUAGAGAUUGUGGACCAGAAAAUCAGGAGAAAGGAAGAACCAGAGAAAUGGCCUUUACCUGGCCCUCCCAUGACAGACUAUGCACAAACUGACUUCUCUCAGCUCAUCAACUGCCCAGAGUUUGUGCCCAGGCAAAGCUUCCAAAAGGAAACAGAAUCUGCUCCUGGGUCUCCCCGCUCUGCUAGUCCUGUGCCAACGAAGACUGAGGAAGUUAGUAAUCUGAAGACAAUGCCCAAAGGCCUUUCUGCCAGCCUGCCAGACUUGGACUCUGAAGCAUGGAUUGAAGUGAAGAAGAGGCCUAGGCCUUCUCCAAUCAGACCCAAGAAACCAGAAGAAUCCAAAACACCAGUGAAGCAGAAAGAGCAGGAUGAGCCUGAGGAGCUGGACUUCAUGUUUGAUGAGGAGAUGGAACAGAUGGAUGGCCGAAAAAACACCUUUACAGAUUGGUCAGAUGAGGAUUCAGACUACGAAAUUGAUGACAGAGACGUGAAUAAGAUUUUGAUUGUAACACAGACACCCCCUUAUCUGCGCCGGCAUCCAGGGGGAGAUAGAACAGGCAACCACACAUCCAGGGCGAAGAUGAGCUCAGAGUUGGCUAAGGUGAUCAAUGAUGGGCUCUACUACUAUGAGCAGGACCUGUGGACAGAGCAGUUUGAGCCGGAGUACUCUCAGAUAAAGCAAGAAGUAGAGAACUUCAAGAAGGUCAAUAUGAUCAGCCGAGAACAGUUUGACACUUUGACUCCUGAGCCUCCCAUUGAUCCAAAUCAGGAAGUUCCUCCAGGACCACCAAGGUUCCAACAAGUUCCUACAGAUGCUCUGGCAAAUAAGCUAUUUGGUGUGCCAGAGCCUUCAACCAUUGCCCGAUCUUUGCCAACAACUGUGCCAGAAUCCCCAAACUAUCGCAAUGCCAGAACGCCCAGGACUCCUCGCACACCUCAACUGAAAGACCCAACACAGACGCCCCGUUUUUACCCAGUGGUUAAGGAAGGCAGGUUGAUAGAUGCCAAGACGCCCCGGAAGAGGAAAACACGGCACAGUUCAAAUCCUCCAAUGGAAUGUCAUGUUGGUUGGGUGAUGGAUUCCCGGGAGCAUAGGCCUCGAACUGCAUCCAUAAGUUCCAGCCCCUCAGAAGGCACGCCAGCCAUUGGCAGCUAUGGCUGCACUCCACAAUCGUUGCCCAAGUUCCAGCACCCCUCCCAUGAACUCCUCAAGGAGAAUGGCUUCACGCAACAUGUCUACCACAAGUAUCGCCGGCGCUGCCUUAAUGAGCGGAAGCGACUGGGCAUUGGUCAGUCCCAGGAGAUGAAUACGCUCUUCAGAUUCUGGUCGUUUUUCCUUCGUGAUCAUUUCAACAAGAAAAUGUAUGAAGAGUUCAAGCAGUUGGCCUUGGAAGAUGCAAAGGAAGGGUACAGGUAUGGACUGGAGUGCCUUUUCAGAUAUUAUAGCUAUGGACUGGAGAAGAAAUUCCGACUUGACAUAUUUAAGGAUUUCCAAGAAGAAACUAUAAAGGAUUAUGAAGCUGGGCAGCUUUAUGGGCUUGAAAAGUUUUGGGCCUUCUUAAAAUAUUCCAAAGCCAAAAACUUGGACAUUGAUUGCAAACUGCAAGAAUACCUCAGCAAAUUCCGACGCCUUGAAGACUUCCGAGUGGAUCCUCCUAUAGGGGAAGAAGGUGGCCACAAGAGAUACCCAGCAGCAUUGGGAGUCGAUGGAAGGAAGCGAUACCCAUCUCAGUCUUCCAGCAAACCUGUCACCCAGACCCCAUCCCAUCAAGUCUCUGUCUCAUCCAACCAAGUCCCCACCUCAUCUAGCCAGCCUGUGCAGGAGGAUGCCAAAAACCUGAGCCAGCCACAUGCAGUUUCUACAGCGACUGUGGAAACGCAAACAAUAGGGAAAUAAGACACAUCAGAACUUCCAAUGGAAAGGGGGCAGGGAUACUUGAGGGAGUUGAAAUGUGGGCGUCCAAAACCAGGCUGCUUACCAGAGGUGGGGACUACAACGCACACAAAUUUCUCUUGUUGGCUGGGAAAACAAGACGAAGCAAGCUGAAAGCAUCCUUUUCUUCGCUGUGAUUAAGUUACUGAUUGGAGCCAGAUCCUCACAUUUUCACGUCUUAGCGCCUUUCUGGGGUAGGGUUGGGAAGGGGGAGAUUUUUAUAAAUAUAAAUAUAUAUAUAUCUAUAUCAAGUUUUAAAUUAUUGAUAGAAGUUUGUUUGGAUAAACCAAAACAAUUCUGUAUCAUGCGGCGACAUGAUCCAGCUCCUCCUCAUCCCACCGAUCAACUAUGCAGCCCACUUGAAAGAAGCUGGAGGCGGUGGGCCGGACAGUGUGGUUCCAUUUGGAAUUGGCCUUCGGCUUUCUAAGUCCACCAGGCGCCUGUCAUUCUGGAUAUGACAAUGCACAAGGAGUCCCUUUGCCACCAUCACAAGUAUCACUUCUGUUAUGGCUUCCCUUCCAUGCUGCUCACCUUUUCCAUCACAGACUCGACUACUGGAAGUCAACCAAAGGACCCUAACUGAACAUGGGCCCACCUCGCAUUGGGCUCGCCCAGUUCCUUUUGUGUGAUGGGUAGAACAUAAACUCGCACAGUGUCUCCCCUCACAUAGGAAUGCUACUCUCAUGAUGAGACUUCGCUAAAACAGCUUUCUCUUACAAAACAAAACAAAAACAAAAAAACCACAAAAAAACUUGUUUUUAAAAAAGUCUAUCUUUGCUUCCUUCCUUGAAAAUAAUAAGUUGCCUUAUUGUGGAGUUGGGAAAUUGGAGGCAUCCCUGACUUCUCUGAGCAAAUUUGGAGCAUGGCAUCUGCUUGAGACUCAGCCGGGCUGUGAGAAUAUCUACUGUUUCCCUGUCCAGGAGUCACUCUUGUCUGCAAUGGCUGGUGAUCUCCCCUCUGACCCAGCUGUGAUUUGCAUCGAACAGUACUGUUAAUUUCUAGGUGAAUGUUGUCUCAAGCCACCUAGACAGUUUAUCUCUGGAGAAGGGGGUACUGGAGCACUAAAGUCUAAGACUUCUGCUAUUGUGUGGUUGGUGCUGAUGUAAAUGUGUCAACUUUUCUAGUGCCCUUCCUGCUACAGCAACUACACAUGCUAUUGCCUCACUCAGACCUCCAGGUGCACUGCCAUUUUCCUCCCUCUCCCACCAGGGCAGGCCAGGCCAGGAACUAGCCUGUUGAUCUCAUGAACUCUUCCUAUCCCACGGUAGGCAGGCAGAUGUGCCAGGAAUAGGUAAUUGCACAGAGAAGAUCCACUGGCACACAUCCUUGCUCUUUAAUAUAUAUGGUUGAAGAAUGUGUGUACAGAGAAAUGAGCUUUAAAGCAAACAAGGUGGGAUUUUUGUGUGUGGUGGUUUCCAAAUAAGAGGUGGCUUGCUAAGUUAACUUCCCUAUGCAGGCCCUCCCUUUCUGUAGACUCUUGAAUUACUGGCAUGCUAGCCUGCCUGCCUGCCUGCCUUCCUUCCCUGGGUUGACCAUGUAGCCACGGAGGACCCAGCUGUGUUUAGACUCUUCUCUAGCUACCAACACCUUGGCUGUCUUGCAUCAUGAAAUCACUUCAUGUAUUGGAACCAUGUCCACUCAUCCUGUGUCAUAGAACUUUAUACAAAGCACCAUGAUUGACUUAACUCCUCUUGGGUUAACUGCUUGGAACUAAGUCUGAGACUAUUGGCAGUUUGUGACUGCAUGGCUCUUGACAUCUUAAAAGCAGCUGGUACUGGAGCUAUAGAAGUGAACUUCAGAGAAGAUGGAAGCAUAUGUGUACAGAUAACUUAUUUCUGACAACAUGCUUUAUUGUUUCCUACAUUUUGUUAUAUUUCCUAAUGUACUGUCCCUGUUCUGCAAUCCAGAGAUUUUAGUAGGAGGUGGAAGAUCUGAGAUUGCUUGGUCAUUAUGCCAUCCAAGCUUGCCCUGUGACUCUAAAGAGGGAUGAAUGGUGGUGGCAAUAUUUCUAUGUGGUUCUACACACAAUAAUGGCCUGGCUCCAAACAGUCUCCUCCCUUCUUCCCCAGUAAUGCAUGAUGCUGGAGGCACUUCCAUUAUGCUGGAGGCUGAUACCUUCCUAUCUGCAGCUGCUCACAUGCUCUGCUCUGGAGGAUCCCACAGCCUUUUCUGGGUGUGGAGACUAUUGCCAUAAAGGGUGAGAAGGAGCACCCUUAGGCUACUUUGGAUCCUAGACCAUUGUUAGGGGUGAGGAGAGGAAGAGAGGUGUGGCAUCAACACAUGUUUUAGAGGUUAUGUUCUAGGCCUGUUUCUCAGAUUUUUAACAUGCUGCAAAGAGUGUGGCAAUGAGGCCUGUGUCAGGUAAGGAUGUUUUUAUUCCCAGUCGCUGGAGCAACACUUUUUUACUUUAGGAAUGCAGGGGAUGUGAUGGUAGGGCGGUUGGUUGAUUUCUGUCACUCCUCUUCUAGGAUGUUGGUAGAUAAUUGAGGACAUGGGCCUUACUGCCUUAGGAGAGCUUGUUGUGUCUAGCUAAUGUUAUUUCAUUUUAGCUGUGUCAAGCAUGCUAUUAAUGGGAGUUUGUUAUGGAGCAGUCUUGGGUGACCAUGCAGUUAACUUGUGCCCUGUGGUUCUAGUUUUUUGCUGCCUAAGUUGUGAUCCUGUAUUAUAUCAAACCCUCAGCCUUUCAUUGUGGUACCAUUAAAAGACAUGAGCAUUUCACCAGGUGUGGCAGAAUACCCACUGUGAACUUCGCUGGGUGUGUUGCAGAGCAGAACCAUGUUAACAUGGAAUUGGCAGUCAGAACUGCCGCUGUCUUCUAAUUUCGCUAGUAUGACAUGGUGCAAUGAAGCUGCUUUUCUUGUUUGGCAGGAUUUCAAUUGGUAAUGGGCUGAAACCCUAACUUUUGUAUCUUCAUCACAAUUCAUUUUUGAAUAAGGCAAAGCAUGCAUUGGGGAACUGCUGCUUGUGAGACAGGAGUAUGUGUUCAGACUUGAUGACACAGUGAGAUUAACCAGAUCAUUUUUGUUUAAAGGUUUCAUCUUUGAAAGGAAAUGGCCUUUGAACUUUCAUCUGAGUGGUGAUUAGUGCUGAAGUCUUGCUCUAAAAAUGGUUUGUCUUUCAUUUCAGUGAUAAGCUGCUUGCCUUUGCUGAUGAAGAACUGAAGGCAAACAACUGCUGGUGGUGUAGAAAAGCAUUCUGGUGUGGUAUAGGAGAUCAGUUAAGGAUGUAGGGCUAGUUUUUGGAAAGAGGAGAUUGGCACAAGGAUAUAAGAAUCACAUAUUGAUUCCUCUGUGGAUGUCCCAUGAAAUUGAACCACAAAAUUCUUACCUACCAUUCAAGGGACAUGCUGAAGGUACUUGUUUACUUGAAGGAAGCGUAGCCUUUUGGAACCUUGAUUGGUCAGUCUCCUGCAUCAUCUUGACAUGACGAUGACUGCAUGUGUUUGUAGACACGUUACUGUUUGUAUGCACAUCCAGUGCCUUGGCUGUUCAGUGCCAGAAAGUCAUAGCAUUAUUCCUAUAAAGAUGGUAUCCAGCUUUCUGUAUGGGUAUUGGUACCCUAAGUUUUCACCACCCUGCUUUGAAUUUUCCCAACACUUUGGGAAGAGAGUAUAGUAACGAUUUUGUUUCAAUGUUGUGUCUUGGUUUUUAAAGCAGACCAAGUCAAUGGACACUGGUAUCCUGUCCCUCAAACAUAUGCAAUGGUAAUAUCCAGUUGUGUUGUGUUUAGGAAGCCACCAGCUAUUGCCCAAUGUAUGAGACUUUGGUUAAAACAGAGAGAGUGUUUUCCAGUGGGAACUCAAGCAGUCUUUAUAGGUAAGCAGUAUCUUUAAAGAAGUGUCAUCCUGGGUAGCUGACCUCUGGGCAGGGUAAUAGGGUGGGGGUCUGAAAUCUGGUUUAGGACUGACAGUGAAAGUAAGUGACCUUUAUUAAGUGUUGGUGCUCAGUCUGUCCUUAGCCCCUUUCUGCUCCUCCUCCCACUUUUGCAGCUGCUGGGUUGCUCCAGUUCUGUACUUGUCCAUCUUGCUUCUAGUUGGUUAGUUGAAUGUACCGUUAACACAUGACACAGUAACCUCAGUACUCUGCCAUAACAUUUGUGUUGUUGUUUUUAAUAGAGUAAUGGGAUGGGAGCCAUCUUUCAUGCCUUGCUCAUUUUCCUUUUAAGCAAAAACAAUCAAAUCUGUUAACGCAGCAAACUCUGCCGUGCUCUAUUAUCUCUCCAUAUGGAUCCUCUUCUGAAACUUGGAUUUGUCAAUAACUUUUUAAAAAUCAGCUAGGUUUUUAGAAGGGAUGGGUAGCUACAUUGUUAAAUGCCUCAGUUAUGUUUUUUUAAUCAAAUUUCAUAUAUGAGUGGUUUUAUGGGGGGUGGCGGGAAAUUUCAUCUCAGCAACAUGGGUUUGGACAAAGUGGUUUUUUUAAUUAAAAAAUUCUAAGGAUAACAUUUCUGUUAGUUUACAUUUUAACUUUCUGAAGACACUUGAACAUAGGACCGAUGUAUCUGUGAUGAGGACACCCUAUGGUUGGAAGCAUCGAAAGGGCAUGGGUUUAACCAUCCUUUUUUUGGUUUUACAGACUUUGUUCUUCCAAGUCUGGCCUUCUGUUGCCCUUCUUUUUUAUUUCCUCAAUGGUAUUGUUCCUGUAUCUAUUUGUCCUCCUUCCCAGAAUAUAGAUCUUGGUACAACAGGGUGGCCUGGGUCACUGAUAUCCUUUGGAAAAUAGAUUUCAAUGUCCUUGGCAGAAGCUUUUGCCCACCGGAGCCUUCCUGCUGUAGCAUUGCCAUGUGGCUAUGGAACAGGAAUGGCUGAAUUCUCCUCCUAUCAUCGUUGGCUUUGCCCUUGCAGUGGUGCACUACCGUGGUGGUUGGGAUUCCCAGCCUAUGAAACUGUGACUCAGAAGUCAACACUGAGCUUUAAAUGGUGGUGGUUGGAGCUUCCUUAGUGUGAAGUUGUGUUAAGCUGCUAAAAAAAACAACAACAACCCCAACCCUUCAGAUGAGGAACCUGCAAAAAGAUGCAAUGAUUGUUUUUUAUAGAUGUCUGAUAACGCCAUCACAGUAGGAAAAGAACCAUCAGUUUGUUAGGUUUGCUUGCUCUGCCUGAGCAGGCUUGUAUGUAUACAUGCUCCAACCAUGCCCCUUCUGCUAAAACAAAACCCCAGAAGUGUUUGUAAUCACUUUCAGCUGUAUUUAUUAUUGAGAUAACUUUUAAACCAACUGUUACCGUUUAUCACCUGGGAGGAAAAGAUCUUGUUAAUAUGGCCCACCAUACACAAUCCCAUCUGUUAAUAGUAUGUAAAUCUUAACCCAUGUGCUAGGAUCAUCAUCACAUUGGGGGAGGGGGAGGGGGGACAGGGGAAGGAAGAGGAAACAAAUUGUAAAAUACUUGAAUGAGAGCCUGUAUUAUAAACAGUAAUAUUAUUCAGAGUAUCUGCUUUCUAGGCUGAUGUGACUCAUUAUUCUAGUAGUGCUUUAGUCCUUUGUAAUUUGUGGUAAUUAUGCUUUUUCCUUUUUAAUACAAAAAUGUAUAAAAAUAAAAACCUCAAAAGACCA